CGGGAUUAUGAAUGGAUGAUCAGAGAGGAACCGCAGUUGGAGCUGCAGCGGAGGAACGUUCCUUGCAAAGUCCAUAUUUUGACUGUGUGUGUUGUGUUGUGUUCAGAUUGCAGGACACAAGUCAGCCCUUGCGGGUAAACCCUGGAUGCACCUGUAAAUCCCUUACCUUCCUUUUCGCUGAAGUUAAGGGUAAGAUGCAUUGCUCGUUGGCCUGUUGAAGCGAGAGCAACGCCUGGCUUCCUUUACCAUUGCUGAGAAAGCACUGGUUGGGGUUUGGACGGGUUGAAGAUAGAACAUGGCUGGAAGUUUAAGGAAAUAUUACGCAGCCUUUGUGUCCACUUUCACUGCAUUGCUCUGUUUGGCGAUAGCAAAGAUCGAUGAUUUACAUCCAGCAUCCUACCAAACAUCAAAACUGUCUGCCUAUGACAUUACAAUCCCACGACAAUUGAUGGAAAGAGAAAAGCGAGAUGCUGGCCUAUCUCCCUCUGAUCAGGACAGACUGUCAUAUGCCAUUCAGGUGGAAGGUCGUGAACACAUUGUUCAUCUGAAGAGAAACGAAGAUGUUGUUCCAAAGGACUUCCUGAUGUUCACCUACAGUGAUGAUGGGAACUUGAUCUCAACUCGGCCAGAUGUUCAGGACCAUUGCCACUUCCAAGGGUAUGUGGAAGGGAUGAAUAAUUCUAUGGUUGCUCUUAGCACCUGUGAUGGGCUCAGGGGACUACUGGAGAUAGGUGACACUCAUUAUGUAAUUGAACCACUUGAGUCCUCCAGUACCUUCCAACAUAUAGUUUAUCAUAUGGAGGAUCUGCUUGAAGAACCUUUGGUAUGCGGAGUAUCUGAUCUGGCCAGCACCAUGCAGCAGGAUGAUCAGGAGCAUGCAGAACAACAUUCCCAUGAUGGCCACACUAUGAUGGGCUUCCUGCGCAGCAAACGGGCCAUAUUGCCACAGACUCGAUAUGUUGAGCUCUUUUUGGUUGUGGAUAAGGACCUGUAUGAUGUCACCAAGAAUGAAACUGCUGUGAGGGAACAGAUGGUUCAGCUUGCCAAUUACCUUGAUGGAAUGUACAUUUCCAUGAACAUCCGUAUCGUGUUGGUUGGUUUGGAAAUAUGGUCGAAACAGAAUCCAAUCAGCGUUGAAGGAGGAGCAGGAGAAGUGUUGGGGCGUUUUGUACAGUGGAGAGAGAAGUUCUUACUGCCUCGUCGCAGGCAUGACAGUGCACAUUUAAUUCUGAAAAGGGGAUUUGGUGAGACUGCAGGAAUGGCCUUUGUGAGCACCAUCUGUUCAAGGAGCCACAGUGGAGGAAUCAAUGUGUUUUCGCAAAACAUUCCUUAUUUUGCAUCCAUCGUUGCUCAUGAACUGGGCCAUAACUUGGGAAUGAACCAUGAUAAUGACCGGAAAUGCAAUUGUGAAGGAAAGGCGUGCAUAAUGAAUGCUGGAGCCGCAGGUGCCACAUCCUUCAGCAGUUGCAGUGCUGACGACUUUGAAACUAUGAUCUUAAAUAGAGGGGGUUCUUGCCUCUUGAACAUUCCAACACCUGAGGAAGCGUAUAGUCCUCCCUACUGUGGCAACAAGCUGGUGGACACUGGAGAGGAAUGUGACUGUGGAUCACCGAAGGAAUGUCAAAAUGAUCCCUGUUGUGAGGCCUCUACCUGUAAGCUCAAGUAUGGAGCACACUGUGCAUUUGGGGUUUGCUGCAAAAAAUGUAAGUUCCGCCCGGCUGGAACAGUGUGCCGAGCAUCCACAAAUGAUUGUGACCUCCCAGAGUACUGCAAUGGAACAAGUCACAUCUGCCAGGCUGAUGUAUUUGUGCAGGAUGGGCACCCUUGCCAUAACAACAAUUCAUACUGCUACAAUGGAGCAUGCCAGAGUUAUGAUGCCCAGUGCAUAGUUUUAUUUGGACAAAAUGCAAAAGCUGCUCCGCGUACUUGCUUUCAAGAAGUUAAUUCUAAAGGUGACCGUUUUGGAAACUGUGGAUCAAGUGGCGCUGGGUAUAAGAAAUGUGAGAUCAGAAACUCCAUGUGUGGGAAGCUGCAAUGCGAGAAUGUAAACUCUGCGCCACCUGUUUUUGGAAUUGAACCGUCCGUCAUCAAGACGCCGACUGGUGGGACUACAUGUUGGGGGGUUGACUUCCGAUUGGGAUCAGAUGUCCCAGAUCCUGGCAUGGUAAACCCAGGGACCCGAUGUGACACUGGCAAGGUUUGCAUGGAUUUCAAAUGUGUGGAUGCCUCUAUCCUAAAAUACGACUGUGAUGUACAGAUAAAAUGCAAUAGCCGCGGUGUAUGUAACAAUAAUAAAAACUGUCACUGUGACAGAGGGUGGGCACCUCCAGAUUGUGCAAACACUGGCUAUGGAGGAAGCAUUGACAGUGGACCGACCUAUGAUGAUAAAAAUACAACACUUCGGGAUGGUCUGCUGAUAUUCUUCCUCUUGGUGGCACCCCUGCUCCUUGUGGCUGUAUACAUGUUUAUGAAAAGAAAUGAACUAGUUCGAUUCUGUCGGAAGCGAAGUUCACAAUCACAGAAGUCUGAAAACAGAGCUCAACCAGGAAAUGCCUCAAAUAACUCAGCUAAGGAAGGGGUCAACUUACUGCCAAGUCAACAGGUCGUUCAGACAACAAGUACCACAGUGCCAACAUACGUAGUUAGACCACCACAGCGAUCACCAGCAAGGCCACCACCACCUCGUCCAGCACCUUCAAGACCUGUUCCCAGGACCCAAAGGGUAUAGAUUAUAUUACACUUGACAGUGUCUACAGGACUCUGUGCAGACAUUUCAAUAAUGUACGCUCAUUUGCAAUCUUGCCCCCGCUCUGAAUGUCAAUCAACUUUACUGAUUCAUCUACAUUAACGUUAAUACAACACUUCUGCAUUUUAUAUCUGCUUCAUUUUCCUCGAGAAAGCCUUGUCUGCCAUUACCAAUCUUCAAAGGAAAUUGCAACUGAAUACCUCCUAUAUAUUUUUUUUAAAUAAUAAUUGUCUGAAAUGAUUGUAAUGUUUGCUUUAGUUAGAAGAAAUCCUGCUGUUUCAACAUGCUGAAGCUCGCCCAUGGUUACUUGUUCUUGAAUACUUGAUGCAUAAUAGCAUGAAGGGGAAAAAAAUCUAUUACUACUGACAACUAAUUUAUUUUGCUAUUUUGAAGGUUGCAAUAUAUUAUAGUGAGCAGUGUGUUCCAUCUCUCCCACCUUUUCUUGCUCAGUGAAAGAAUCUUCUAUUGAGGUUUUCAAGCGAUGCAAUGGCUUCCAUGUUGUUCUAUUACUUUGGUGAACUAGCAUUUCUCUGCAUUAUACCUGUAACAGAGCAGAAUGAGAUUGAUUUGUCUUUUCAAUCCGUCAAUGAAAUAAUUUAUAAACAUCGGUGUCCAUGCAAUUUCUCAAAUUAUGUGCCUAUUUUAAAUUGAGUUUGAAAUUUAAAAACUUUUAAACCUGUUGCUAUUUAUUUUAUAUUUUGUUUCUACAUCCCCAAUGGAGUUUUUUUUCUUGGUUCCCUUGCUGGCACUUCACAAACCAAGAUGAGAGGCAGGCAACCUCUUGUGCUGCAUUGUGAUGUACAGCAAGAAGGUUGUAAUAGUUGCUCUGAGUUGAUUUUUGACUUGAGUUUUGUUUUUAAAGAAAGCUUUCAUCACUGGGUGCACAUCAUGUAGUGAAUUUUAAGUGUGAAGCUAUAUCUGGCCACCAUGUGGUACAACAUCACCUUGUGUGUUAAGUUAGCUGCUGGAAAUUUACUCCUUGGUACCACUGACAACACGGGAGAAGCUUGUUAUUUUUAUUUGUACUUCAAGAAACUUAGAACACACAUUUUUGCUGUGGUGUUGAAUGGUCAUUUUAAUGUCCUUUUUUUAAAUAAAAUGUUAAUGGAAAUCUCAUACAGUACAGUGCACGUUACUUGCACCUGGUACUGUAAGGCUUUGCUCUAUCUCUUGACGAGCUCCUGUAUAUUGUGCUGUACUCUACUUGAUGUAUGUAGUAGCAGAGUUUAUUCAAACAAGCUACAAUAACAUUUGCAACCAAAUCGUUUUUCUACCCAGCAUGUCUGAUGCAUACAAACUUGGACAAAUGUUGUACAUUUCCUGAAGAGAUAAUCUAUGUACCCUGAACAAAUGGCACAUGAGAUAUAUGAUGGAACUUACUUUUACAAUGUGUUAAAUGAGAUUUGCUCUGAUAUACUGCAUAAUUUUUAAUUGGCACUUCUGAUUCAAGCUAUCUUGAUUUAUAUAUAAUAUAUUCUGUGAAGCAAAUAGCCUUGUAAUCUACUACAAAAGCAGUUUUGUAUAUUACUUGGACUUGGGAUGCUGUUAUAUGUAUGAUUAUUGUUUAAAAUUCCAUAGGAUUGCAUUGUUUUUCAUUAAAAUCUUAUUGGCUGAUGGUCAGUUACAAUCCUGGUCCAUGUAAAAGCCUUUUUCUGCCAUGGUUGAAUGAAAAUCUAAUUGGCCUCCCAAAAUAUUCCUAAAAAUGAAGCAUAACCAACAAUGCUUUUAAAGCUAUGAUUCUGAAAUGAAAGACUUGAUUUUUAACUCUGACUAUGUGGUACAUUUUGCAUGAGUUUUAAUCUUUCCCUUUAAGUUGAUUCAAGAGUCAGGGACAUAAUGGUUGAUGCAGCAACAUUGUCGUUGUGUGGUUUCAAUGUAGUCUGGACAUGAGCAUAUGGUUUUUCAUUAAAUAUCCAAUUGACAGAUGAACAACAUUCAACGACCUUCUCAAACUCGUUACACUGAAGACUAAUUUUAUACAUUUGAACUUGGAGUUUAUUGAAAUAUUCAUUCAAAUUCUGGCUAGAGAAAUGCAUUAUAUGACCUUGGUCUUAGAGUUUAUCUCUUUUGAGUUUCACAUAAAUUGAUCACAUUGAUACACACACUUGCAGUCAAAUAUCUUUUGUUUUUCUGGCAAGGGAAAAAGACUGCACCUUACUGUGAGCCAGGUGACUGUGCCAGUGACCUUUUGUGUAACACAAAAUAAUGCAAGCCAGAUGUUGGUUGGGUAUUCUGACAAGUGGAUUAUCUAUUUAUAGAUUUCAGAUUAAAGCAGUAUAAACGCUGUAUAAUUUAACCAAGAAGUGAGUUGUCACCUAACAUGGGAUUUUAGAGUACCUUAGUGAACCCUACUUUGUUGAUGGGGGUUAUUUAAAUUAGCCAAAACCAUCAAUGGUUUUGAGGUGAGAAUUCACUCCCAAGUAUCCCUCGUUCUAAAUGUAACCAAACUCUCUUUACUUCACUUGAAUAUUUGCACUUGUUUAAAAAUAAGUAGUAUUUUACAUUUUUCAAAACUGAUUUUUCUUAAAAGAUGUAAAGAUAUUAUGCACCUGUGGAUGACAAAGGGCUUUUAUUUAAUCUCUAUAAAGAGCAAUAAUUCAAUAAAAAUUAUUCUUUUUCUAAAA